CGGGCGAAAAUUGCUUUCCUUUUAAGCGACUCCCAAAACGCCCGUUCGAAUCCCAUCCCGUCGCGUUUCUCAAAAAGCCUUUGUUUCCCGUCGCAGCAACUCCCCCAAGCCAAGCCCCGCACCGCACACCUCAUCCUCUCUCGCCUCCCCUCACUCCACGUCUCUCAGAUCUUCACUCCAUCUCCCUCUCUUAAAUACCCAAAAACCCCCCCUCUUCGAGAUCUGACCAUACGCGGAGCAGAGACCCCCGACAGAGAUUGGAGUCGAGGAAGGAGGAAACAAGGAAGGAAGGAGAAGAUGUGUUGCGGGACCAGAGUGUGCAUGUUCUGCACGUGCCUGAUCAUGGUGGUGGUCCUGAUCGGGCUGCUGUUCGGCUUCGGGGUGUUCAAGCACGGCUUCCACAAGCUGAAGGACACCAUCCACGACUGCGAUCCCGCCGCCGGCGGCCUCUGCGGGACCGGCAGGCCCUUCCUGGGUUUCCCGGCUCCUCCCCCCUUUUAGCUCUUGCCUUUGGGUCCGUUCUCGAAUUUCCAGUUCGUUUUUUCCCCUUAAUCUCGGGUCGUGGAUUCCGCGUCGGGAUUCGUUUGCGACGCUGUCCUUCUCCUGAUUCGUUCCCGAUGGUGAUGUGAAAAACUAUUAGAUGUGUAUAUAAAUAUUCUUUUGGGUCGAGGGGGGGUCUCGAACGAUCUCCGUAUGAUGGGAUCUGUAACAUGCAAUUUGCAUUUGUUUGAAAGAUUUGUUAUUUGUCA